GGAGGGAAGGCGCGACUCAGGGAGCCAGGGACCUUAGCACUGAACGAUACGUCACUCUCCGACUUCGGCUUACCUAUUUGCUAUUUGCUUCGAGUCCAUGCAAGACUCAAGAGGUCGAGCAAGUCUACAUUUCUUUUCGCUCGUCAUUGUAGUGAUUGUCGUUGGUAUACCCUCUCUCAUUCGACCCUUCUACACGCUCCUGCUCGGCUUCCUUGACACGCAGCCAUGUCCACUGGCAUUGGUUCUUUCGUCGCUGGUGGCAUUGCAGCAUGCGGCGCCGUCACAGUCACUCACAGCUUUGAGACGGUCAAGGUGCGGUUGCAGCUCCAGGGUGAGCUGCAAGCGAAGAAGGAUGCCCCAAAGAUGUACCGAGGUGUGCUCCAUGGCAUGUCGGUCAUCUUCAAAAACGAAGGACUCUCGGGUCUGUUGCGCGGUCUCAACUGCGCAUACGUCUACCAGAUGAUGCUCAAUGGCUGUCGUCUCGGCUUCUACGAACCCAUUCGUACCCACACAAACUCGCUGCUCUUGAAUCGCGACUUCUCACACGCACACGACCCGAAGGCCACGGCUAUGCAGAACCUCCCCGUCAACAUCUUCUCGGGUGCCUCGUCGGGUAUCAUCGGUGCCGCCCUCGGUUCUCCUCUCUUCCUCAUCAAGACACGUCUCCAGAGUUACAGCCCCAUGUUACCCGUCGGCGCGCAGCAUCAGUACAAGAGUGCCGCCGAUGGCUUCUCCCAGAUCUAUCGUGCCGAGGGUAUCAAGGGUCUAUACCGCGGUGUCGUUCCUGCUAUGGUGCGAACCGGUUUCGGAUCUAGUGUUCAGCUUCCGACAUAUUUCUUCGCCAAGCGCAAUCUCGUAAAACACUUCGACAUGAAGGAGAGUCCUGCUCUGCAUCUCAUGUCUUCUGCCUGUUCUGGUUUCGUCGUGUGCUGCGUCAUGCACCCUCCGGAUACCGUCAUGGGACGCAUGUACAACCAGACAGGUAGCCUCUACUCUAGCGCCUUUGACUGCUUGUUCCGCACCAUCAAGACCGAAGGCCCACUCGCCGUCUACAAGGGUUUCUUUGCUCACUUGGCCAGAAUCUUGCCGCAUACCAUCUUGACCUUGAGUUUGGCCGAACAAACCAACAAGCUCAUGCGCAGAUUCGAAGACCGCGUCCUUCCGAGCAGACAAAAAGUAUAAGCACAAAUCCGGAUGCUACACAACCAACUGAGCUUUCGGGCUUCUGUCUCAAUUGUACAUCUUCAUUCGACGGAGCUCUGAGAACAACCGUGAGAGCACAGACUGCUCCAUAGCAGAUCCAGAUGGCUUGCCAGUCCGUACGGCCCACGUCCAAAAACGGCUUGGGAAGGAGAUUUGGACAACAGAAGCCCUGGACGAGAAGAGUGACGGCAAAUGUGAGCAU